AUGGGUUCCCGGCCGGGGGUUGUAUCAGCUAAGGUUGAACUGGCUAGGGAUAAAGCUGAUGCUUACAGAGGGAUAAACAAGGAUAGAUGCUUCACUCUUCUUGUUAUCGAUGAUCAGAACACAGAUUGGUCUAAAUAUUUCCGAGGUAAACGUGUCCAAACAGACUGGGAUAUCAAGGUGGAACAAGCAGAGUUCAGAGAUAUAACUGUGACUGCAAAUACUGAAGCCGGGGUAACAGUGUCAAUAUUCACCACAAACAAGGCUGGGACUAGGGUUCCGAGAAGCUUUAAACCUGAUUUUCUUCUGGUAAGACAGAACCUAAAGGAUGCUAAUGAAGAUUACAAGAACAUGCUUCUUGGUUUACAGUAUGGCGGGGUUCCGAGCAUAAAUACACUACAAUCUAUUUAUAAUUUCCAGGACCGACCCUGGGUAUAUGCUCAUCUAGUAAACAUUCAGCAGAAACUUGGAAAAGAAAACUUCCCACUCAUUGACCAAACAUACUUCCCAAACCACAAGGAUAUGACUACUGGAGUAAAGUAUCCAUGUGUGUUCAAACUUGGGCAUGCUCAUGGUGGUCUUGGUAAAGUCAAGGUGGAGAAUACAACAAGCUUUCAGGAUAUGGUGAGUGUUGUUGCAAUCUCUAACUCCUAUUGUACUGUUGAGAACUAUGUUGAUGCUAAAUAUGAUCUUCACGUUUUCAAGAUUGGAACUAACUAUCGGGCACUCAUGCGGAAGAGCCUGAGCGGUCAAUGGAAGACGAAUCUGGGACAAUCUAUUCUAGAGGAGAUACCCAUCAGUGAUAGAUACAAGAAGUGGAUAGAUGCUGUUUCUGAAAUAUUUGGAGGACUAGACAUUUGUUCUUUGGAAGCAGUUGUUGCUAAGGAUGGAAAAGAGUAUAUCAUAGAGGUGAACGACAGUGCAGCAGGACUCCUAGGAGACAGCCAGGAGGAGGAUAGAAGACAUAUAGCAGACAUUGUUUUUAAUAAAAUGGAGUCUGAAUGCAAGCAACCGAGGGAAAUUAAACCCAAGUUGGAAGACGACAAAUCUGUGGUGACUGCAACGAGUGGAGCGAGUGGUCCAAGCCGCCCCGCUAGUGCAGCAAGCUCAUCCAGUGCAGCAGAGCUCGGCAAGGUAAAACAGGAAUUGAAGGAGGUUAUUCAACGGAAGGAGGUGAAAGCUAAGGAGAUAAAGGGGAAGGAGAUGAAGGGGAAGGAAGUAAAGGAAGUGAAGGAAGUGAAGAAGAAUAUAGUUCCGGAUCCUAAACCUAGGGAACGACAUGAUUCUGCAGAUUCGACAGAUUCAUCAGGUUCUGAGUCUAGCUCCGGGUCUGAUGACUCCAGUGCAUCCUCUACGGUUAGAAAGGAGGAUAAGGAUGACAGGGAGGAGGACGGAGAGGAAGAGAAGAAACCUAGGAUAGGAGAGGACGGAGAAAUUCUAGAAGGAGAAGAUACGAUGAAGAAUUUAAGGAAAACCUUUGCCGGGAUCUUCGGAGAGCUUCAGUAAACAAGUUCUAAGUUUGAAAACCGGUUCUAGGUCCACCAGGGGUCACAAUAAAACUUCGCAAACCGGUUCAAUAAAACCUACAGUACACAGAGGUCACAUAAUUGUAAGCAUUUAAAUUGGAUAAAAUUGUUGAAGGGUUCUUGAUCAAACAAUUUUAAAACUUCAAAUUACAAGUUUUCUUUCAUUGAGCACUUUACUGAAAAUGUUUACUUUAACCGCCGCCAUCUUGUUCUAGAAGAUCUUUGAGCAGUUGAAAGUAAGGAGAACAGUUAGUUUUAUGAAAAAAAAACUUUUCCAAAAAUGUUUUGACAGGAACAGUUAUUGUCUAUAAAAGACAAUUGAUUUAUCUUAAUUUUUCAAUUUUGCAAUAAAGCAUUUAUCUAUCCACAGGUUACAUAUCAUUUUCUCAUUUAUAAACAGUUAUACAAGCAUUUCCCUCUUUUAAAGCAUUAAAACUGCCAACAAAUAUUUUAUCCUGAAAACAAAAAUCCUUCUUUUAUUUGGUAUUGAUAAUCAACCAUUUUAUUUAAAUAUUCUGUGAUAAUUUUGCCCAUGUAUGUUUAUCAUUUAAAUCGGAAAUGAAUUUUACUUCCGAUCAAGGAACUCAAAGCAUCGCAAUUAAGGUUGAUAUUCUAAAAAAUAAAAAUGGUGCAUAGCUAGAUGUCGUGUUAUUGUGAAUAUGUUUAAAACCAUUUUUCAAAUUUAAAAUUAAAGUUAUUCAGCCCCCAUCCAGGGGUCUUUCAUUAUUCAAUGUUAUAAAUUAUUUUCUAAAAAUAUUGAUGUUUUUA